AGCACGAUCCGUUCACAUUUCAAAGCGCUCUCUCCGCAUUCAUCGCCCAUUAUUUAUUUAUUUAAUUAAUUAUUAAUAGCCUCUCUACCUUAACAGAAAAACCAAAAUAAGACGCACCAGAAAUCAACUAACACUUCACCUCAUAACCCAAAGAAGCACACAGCAUCACACGCUCGACUGAAAACGCAAACCCACAGACUGAACAAAGCGGAGGACAAAAUGUCGUGGCAAACUUACGUAGACGAGCACUUGAUGUGCGACAUCGACGGCCAAGGCCAGCAUCUCUCCGCUGCUGCUAUUGUUGGCCAUGACGGUAGCGUCUGGGCUCAGAGCUCCUCUUUCCCUCAGUUCAAGCCCCAGGAGAUUACUGACAUCAUGAAAGACUUUGAGGAGCCGGGUCACCUUGCCCCUACAGGUCUACACCUUGGGGGCACAAAGUACAUGGUUAUCCAGGGAGAGGCUGGAGCUGUUAUCCGUGGAAAGAAGGGAUCAGGAGGGAUCACCAUAAAGAAGACUGGUCAAGCUCUUGUUUUUGGCAUCUAUGAGGAACCUGUGACUCCAGGGCAGUGCAACAUGGUUGUGGAGAGGUUGGGGGACUACCUCGUUGAUCAGGGGCUGUAGGCCUAGUCUAUCACAAUUUAUUACAUUUAUUUUGUGGGGUUACAAGCACUGUUUUUGUUUCUUUUUCUUUUGUUUUUUGAUCUCUGGUUCCAAGUUUGCAUCCUCUUUUAUGGAAAGCCUUGAAUCGGCAGUGAAGAUGUUGCAGACAAUAACCAUGCGAGAACUAAAUUGGUUGUUUGA